CACCGACGCGCCCCCCCCCUACACCCAAUCCCGACGGCGCGCGCACGAGGCCCGCGGGGCGAAUUCCAAAUGCGACUCCGUGCGCGCGAGCCGGGAAGGUGACGCUACAGCGAUGGCCGCCUACCAGUCUCUCAAGCUCCACACGACUCCGGACAAGUUCUACGUGGAGGCGUGCGACGAAGGCAGUCAUGAUGUGCUCGCCAUCGACAGAGUGUCCACAGAUAUCAGUCUCACGGUUCAGAAAGACAUUCCUCCGUCGGCGCUCACGCAGCACAUAUGCUGCAUCGUCGGGACCAUUCGCCUCGUGGCAGGCAUGUACUUGAUUGUGGUGACCAAGAAGGAGAAGCAGGGGGAGAUCUCGGGCCAGGCCAUAUGGAAGGCCGUGGAGUUUGACAUCCUCUCCUACCAGAAGACCAUCCUGCACCUGACGGACCUACAGGCUCAGGAUAACAAGACGCUGCUGAUGAUGCUGCGUGGCGUCCUGCACACGGAAAGCUUCUUCUUCUCCUGCACAUUCGACCUGACGCACAGCCUGCAGCGCCUGGCCAACACCAGCCCCGACUUCCACGAGAUGUCCCUCUGCGAGCGGGCCGACCAGCGGUUCGUGUGGAACGGUCACCUGCUGCGGGAGUUGCUCACCGUCCCGGAGCUGCACCGCUUCGCCGUGCCGCUCAUUCACGGCUUCCUGUCCGUCAAGGCGUGCGUCAUCAACGGGAAGGUGUUCGACUGGAUCCUCAUCUCGCGCCGCAGCUGCUACCGUGCCGGCGUUCGCUACUACCUGAGAGGCAUCGACCAAGAGGGGCACGCGGCGAACUUUGUGGAGACGGAGCAGAUUGUGUUCUACGGCGGCAACAAGGCUUCCUUUGUGCAGACACGCGGAUCUAUGCCUUUCUACUGGUCUCAGCGUCCAGAUCUCAAGUACAAACCUCGACCCCAGAUCAGCACCUCCCUCAACCACCUGGAUGGGUUCCAGAGGCACUUUGACAGCCAGAUAGUGAGCUACGGCAAACAGAUCGUGGUCAACCUGGUGGACCACAAGGGCUCGGAGAAGAGGCUGGAGGAGGCGUUUGCGGCGCUGACCAAGCGUCUGGGCAGCGAUUGGAUCCAGUAUGAGGCGUUCGACUUCCACAAGGAGUGCAGCCGCAUGCGCUGGGAGCGCCUCCACAUCCUCAUCGACCGCUUGGCAGAGAGACAGGACCACUUGGGGUACUUCCUGGUGGACAACGAGGGCAAGGUGGCGCAGCAGCAGGAGGGAGUGUUCCGCACCAACUGCAUCGACUGCCUUGACCGCACCAACGUGGUGCAGAGCAUGCUGGCACGGCGCUCGCUACAGUCGCAGCUGCAGCGCGUGGGGAUCCUGCACGCCGGCCAGAGGGUGGAGGAGCAUGCCGAGUUUGAGAAGAUUUACAGAAACGUCUGGGCCGACAAUGCGGAUGCUUGCGCCAAGCAGUACGCUGGGACGGGCGCGCUCAAGACCGACUUUACGCGCACGGGCAAGCGCACCAAGCGCGGUCUGCUCAUGGACGGGUGGAACUCCAUGAUCCGCUACUACAAGAACAACUUCUCCGACGGGUUCCGGCAGGAUUCCAUUGACCUCUUCCUGGGCAACUACGUGGUGGAGGAGGCAGAGAGGGCCACGCCACUGCUGCACGAGCACAAGGACUGGAAGUUCAUGGCCCUGCCCAUUGUCAUGGUGGUCGCCUUCUCCAUGUGCAUCAUCUGCCUGCUGACCACCGGCGACACGUUCACGGAGACGCUGGCCUACCUGGCGUUCUGGGCGAGCGCCGGCGCCGUCACGGGCGCCGUCAUCCUCUACAACGGGCGGGAGUUUGUCGACGCGCCGCACCUGGCGCACAAGGAGAAGACGGACUGAACAUGCGCGUGCGGGAAGGGGCUCACGGCCGGGCCCGUGCCUCCAGAGCACUCGCCACCUCCCUUCUGGAAGCUCUACUGAUCCAAGUGGGGUGGAUUGGGGGGGGGGGGGGGGGGGGGGGUAAUCGCCCACCGCCACCCGCAAUGGGGACCGCCCGCUCGCCAGCCCGCUCGUUCCGCUCGUUCCGCUCGUUCCGCUCGUUCCGCUCGUUCCGCUCGUUCCUCUCGUUCCGCUCGUUCCGCUCGUUCCGCUCGCUCGUGCGAGAAGCUGGGUUCGUUCCCCCUUCUCGACCGAUAUUCGGCCAUUCCGCGACCGAUGUUGGGACCGUUUCGGGACCGUUCCAGGUUCGUUUCUGUGAUCAUUCCGGGACCGUUCUGUGACCGUUCCGGAAUCGUUCCGUGAUAGUUUUGUGACCAUUCCGGGCCGCUCUGGAAUCGUUCCGUGACCAUUCUGGAAACGUUCUGUGAUCAUUCUGUGACCGUUCCCACGAUCAUUCCUGAACUGUUCCCGAACCGUUCCGGGACCAUUCCGGGACCGUUCCGCGACUGUUCCGUGACUGACCUGGUCCUGGCGUGCCAUGAGGGGGGGGGGGGGGGGGGGGGGGGCGGCAGGAGGACAGGUGGCGCUAUAUUCCACACGCAGCGAGGGGGAUGCCGGGCGGCCCGGCCUUCGAUCGGGGAGCGAGAGGGCGGCACCGUUCCCGUGCGCCCGCCAUCACAGUUACUCCGCGGGCCGGUUCCUAGAAGUGGUCACGGGCUUUCCCGUGGAGCGGCGAGCUCACCGGCUUGCUUGACGGAGCGGGGUUGUGGUGGUAGAUCUCGGUGCCAGCGACUAUUCGACUCUUGUUUUGCGACCCCGGCCCCUCCGCGGGGUAAUUUGGAACGUGGCGUAACAUGGCCCUUGUGCUUCUGGAAAUAUUCGCUUAAUUCGUUCGGUUGAACGUCGGCCGGUGCCGGCACUUUGCUCGGUGCCAGCGCCGCCGUGGACGCGGGCGGUGGUGGUGGGGUGGUGGUGGUGGUGGUGGGUGAGGGUGCAUGCUGGCGGGUGCUGGGUGAGGAGGUGGACGAGGCAUUUUGGAGCGAGACCUUGGGGCUGCUUGAUUUUUUUUCUUUCACUUAUUUUCCCCUUUUAUCUCUUGGAGGUUGACGGCUGUCGGGAGAGACCCCCGCGCCCAUCGGCGGAGGAACUCGGCGACGCCUCCGGCCUCUUGGCCGGGAGAGAAACGCCGCUCGCAAUCCCCCUGGGGGGGCGGGGGGGGGGGGGAGGAAGUCGUGGUACCGAUUCCGCCGCGGGGGUUUGCGAGCGUGGCAGGGGAUCGAGGGAGCCCCCGGGGGUGUGCGCCUUCCCGCACGGAGCCUACGCGUCGACUCGUCGCGUCGUGUCGCGUCCGUGUUUUUUUCUUCGCAGUGUUCGCUCGGUGUUCGUUUCGCGCGAGAAAAUAUUGGUCCAAAUCGCACGCGUAUCGCGUGUGCGUGUGUGUGUGUGUGCGUGCGUGUGUGUGUGCCGGCUGCCGUGGCGUGUUGCGUGGGGAUCGGUGGCGCAGCGGUUAGCGCCGCUGCGCUACGAACCCGGCGGCCCGAGUUCGAUUCCCGCCCACGGCCGACAUCGGUGACGAAAAUCGGAACCAGUUCCUGGGUCUAUCCCCCCCUGGUGCGAUGUGUAAACAUCGCCACUGUCGGGAGACAAAAGCUGCCGGGCGUGGUGCUGGCCACCCCACCCCCCGGCCUUCAGAGAUGCUCGUUAACAGCACUUGCUCAAACGGUCUGCUAAAGCUAUACGGGGGGGGGGGUGGGUGAGGGGAUCUUUGUCUUUGUGUGCUGUAAUUGGGAGGAGAAAGGUGCCGUGUCACAGACUGGGCCACUGGGGGCCGGGAAUUUUACCCGGCAAGCCGGAACCUGGAGCUUGAGAUCUUCGCCUCCUGCGUAAAAACAAAACAAAACAAAAAAAAACUCUUUAAAUCUGAAUGUCACUCAUCGCGCCGCCGCCGCCGGCACCCUUCUGCCGAUUUUAAGUUGUGCCACGAGAACGACGUGGCUCAAUUUCCAGAGCCGGCUUGCCGGGCAAACACGGCCGCCGGCGCUGCUGCGCUGUGCCCGGUGCAAAGCGGUGGGCCGUGAGUUUGGCCGGGAGGAGCGUCGUUGGGCACGCGACCCCGGCGAACGGCGUCGCCUGCGUUCCACCGGCGGUGGCGGCGUUGGUUUUUUUUUUUGUUUUAAAGGGAGACGGCGUCAAAAUAAAAGCGCGACUGGAGCACCA